AUGUCCGACAUCAAAGAUGCCGAGGCGCCCCACGACGCCCACAAGGAAGCUGGCGCCUUGGAGAUCGACGACGUGCAGGAUCAGAAGCUUGAAAACGAGCUGAAUGAGGCGGCGAUGGACUCGGAGAUCCAGCAACUUGAGGAACAGCUGCAGGCUCUUCCUCAGUCCAAGUUCAAUAUUAGAUUCUCCAACCCAGCUGUGUUCACCUACAUUCUGGUGGCUUUUGCCUCUAUGGGUGGCUUGCUCUCCGGUCUGGAUCAGUCUCUCAUCUCCGGUGCUAACCUUUAUCUUCCCGGAGACUUGAACCUGUCCGACUCCCAGGCAAGCUUGGUUAACGCCGGCAUGCCUCUCGGUGCCGUUGCUGGUGCUUUGAUCCUUUCUCCGUCGAACGAGUACCUUGGUCGUCGCAUGUCCAUUAUUAUCUCUUGUAUUCUGUACACCAUUGGUGCCGGUCUGGAGGCUGGUGCGAUUAAUUUCGGAAUGAUGUUUGCGGGACGUUUCGUUCUGGGCAUGGGUGUCGGUCUGGAGGGUGGUACAGUGCCAAUCUAUGUCGCUGAGUGUGUUCCUAGCAAAGUCCGCGGUAAUCUCGUCUCACUCUACCAGCUUAACAUUGCGCUGGGAGAAGUCCUCGGCUACGCAGUCGCAGCCAUUUUCGUCGACGUCCCUGGCAAUUGGCGUUACAUCCUGGGUUCAUCGCUCGUCUUUUCGACCAUCCUGUUCAUCGGCAUGCUUUUCCUUCCCGAAAGCCCACGUUACUUGAUGCACAAAGGCAACGAGAUUGCUGCCUACGCUGUCUGGAAGCGCAUCCGUGGCUUCAACGACUUCGCCGCAAAAGACGAGUUCUUGGGUAUGCGCCAGGCCGUCACUGCCGAGUCAGAGGAGCAGGCUAAAACCAAGAAGUACGCCUGGAUGGACUUCUUCACUGAGCCCCGUGCCCGUCGUGCUAUCAUCUACGCCAACAUCAUGAUCUUCCUCGGCCAGUUCACUGGUGUUAAUGCCAUCAUGUACUACAUGUCCACAUUGAUGAAGAACAUUGGCUUUGAUGACAAGACCUCCGUAUUCAUGUCGCUGGUGGGCGGUGGCUCGAUCCUCAUCGGAACCAUCCCUGCCGUCAUGUAUAUGGAGCGCUUCGGCCGCCGCUACUGGGCCAAUGCCAUGCUUCCCGGUUUCUUCAUCGGCCUGGUCCUCGUCGGCGCGGGCUAUACCAUCGAUUACAACAAGUACCCUGCCGCAGCUGAGGGCCUUUACAUGACUGGUAUCAUUCUCUACAUGGGAUUCUUCGGUUCCUAUGCCUGCCUGACAUGGGUUGUGCCAUCUGAGGUGUUCCCGACCUACCUGCGCCACUAUGGCAUGACUACCGCCGAUGCAAACCUAUUCUUAUGCUCGUUCAUCGUCACCUAUAAUUUCACCGGUAUGAUGAACUCGAUGACCCGCAUCGGUCUUACUCUCGGAUUCUACGGUGGCAUUGCCGUUCUCGGCUGGUUCUACCAGAUCAUCUUCAUGCCCGAGACCAAGAACAAGUCUCUCGAGGAGAUCGACGAGCUUUUCUCGAAGCCUACUUCCGUGAUUGUGAAGCAGAACCUGAAGCAGACUUCGCAGGUGAUCAAGGAUUUGUCGCGCCUGCGGUUCCGAAAGGUGUUCUCGCCCGAGCCUUACAAUUAA